AUGUUGGUGGACUUCCGCCGGCGGGCUCUCGCCGUCGUGGUGCAUGAGAUGCAGAGGCUUCCGGGACUCCUGGGCCAGCUGUUCCAGGCCGGCACGCACCUCGCUGCCCUGCGCUACGGCGCCCUGGAUGGGAGACUGGGCCGGGGUGUGGUGGACAUCGUGGACGGCGACAUCGACUUGGAGUUGCUCCUCCCCACACAAGCCUUCGAAGAGGGCCAAGACCUUGCGUUGCUCAAGCGCUUGGGCGCGCAGCUGGAAGGCGUCGACAUGGCAAACUGGACGGCUGGCAGCUUUCGGGCCGGACUGUUCUCACGGAUGGGUCGCCGGCCCAUCCUCCGCAGGCGACCGGGGCUCUGGCGCUCUACAAGCGCAGGGACUACGAUGGAUUCUGCGCGCUACUGCACGUCUUCGCGGUUCGCGCUGUCUGGCCGGAAGAAGUCGGAGUCAACGACUGGGUGGGGAACGCCAGCGAUGGCGAUCUGCGCGAGCUGUGCGCGCCGACCUCCCCAGGCUCAGGCCCCACGCUCUGCGAGCCCGCGGCGUCGCUGCUGCCCUUGCGCCGGGGCCAGCUUAGCCGCCUCAGCGUGUCCAGGGCGCAGGAUGAGGAGUACUUCCUCACGCGCCACUUGCGCAAUCGGCUCUGUGAACGGAACUUCCAAUGGAAGUGCCUGGCGCUGCCCAUCAAAGACCUGA